AUAACGACAGUCAGAUCAGCCUGCGGCCCUCUGGCGUCUCAACUUCAACCUUGUCCGACCGAGAGAGGGUCCCUUGUCUUGCUGGUAGUGUGGAGCAAGAGGACGCGACGAGCUGAUAUCCCCCUAGACUGGGGUCGCCACUCUCGGUUUUGGAAGCUGCGCGCAGCAUCCGGGGGGCUCUUUCUCUUCGCCGGCGGGCGGCGGCAGCGGCUGCGAUUCGUAGGCUCUAAUUCCGCGGUCCAGAGAUCCGCUGCCCGCGUCUCACCUCCUGGCACCUUUAAGCACGAGGGACAGGGGAGCGUUGCAAAGAGCAAGAGGGAGUGGAUGCUAGGAGGUGGCGGUGAUAGCGCGAGAAGAGAAGGGAAAGGAAGGAGCCAAGCCAGGGAGCCGGGCUGGCAGUCGCCGCGGCAGGAAUCUGAGCGUGCAGCCGGCGCCGGGGGAGCUGCGGCAGGCUCCGAGGAAGCAGCGGCGCGGGCGGGCGGCGGCGCGGACGCUUGCAGCUGGGCAGCUGCGCGCGGCGCGGCGGUGGCAGGCAACGAGCGGCUAUGCGGGCUGCGGGGCUGGACUGCUGAACCCAUUCUAUUCCACCGCCGGACUCGAACUGGGAGGGGUCGUCAGCACACCCAGGACGCGGUGCCUCAGGGGACCCUACUCCACGCUGCAAACUCAGGCUCCCCGCCUCCCCGGGCCAAACACACCCUCGCGCCCGGGUGCUCCAAAGGCUCCGGCAAACAUCUGUGUCUCCGGGGCUUCCCUACCCACCAAACCAACUGCCCCGCAUCGCCACUGUUGUACCCCAUCAGACUCCGCCUGGCAGUCGGCUCCAUCGAAUUUGAUCUCUCACCUCCUCGGCCCCAUCACCUCCAUCCCCUUUCCCCCCGUCUCGCCUCCACCCCCCCAAUUUCCUCCUCGCCCCUCAUUUCCACCCUCCUCCCCCUCCCCCGGCCACUUCGCUAACUUGUGGCUGUUGUGAUGCGUAUUCCCGUAGAUCCGAGCACCAGCCGGCGCUUCAGCCCCCCCUCCAGCAGCCUGCAACCCGGCAAGAUGAGCGACGUGAGCCCGGUGGUGGCUGCGCAACAGCAGCAGCAGCAACAGCAGCAGCAGCAGCAGCAGCAGGAGGCGGCGGCGGCGGCUGCAGCGGCGGCAGCGGCGGCGGCGGCGGCAGCCGCGGUGCCCCGGUUGCGUCCGCCGCACGACAACCGCACCAUGGUGGAGAUCAUCGCCGACCACCCAGCCGAGCUUGUCCGCACCGACAGCCCCAACUUCCUGUGCUCCGUUCUGCCCUCGCACUGGCGCUGUAACAAGACGCUGCCCGUGGCCUUCAAGGUGGUAGCCCUCGGAGAGGUACCAGAUGGCACUGUGGUUACUGUCAUGGCGGGUAACGAUGAAAAUUAUUCUGCUGAGCUCCGAAAUGCCUCUGCUGUUAUGAAAAACCAAGUAGCAAGGUUCAACGAUCUGAGAUUUGUGGGCCGGAGUGGACGAGGCAAGAGUUUCACCUUGACCAUAACUGUCUUCACAAAUCCUCCCCAAGUGGCCACCUAUCACAGAGCAAUUAAAGUUACAGUGGAUGGACCCCGGGAACCCAGAAGGCACAGACAGAAGCUUGAUGACUCUAAACCUAGUUUGUUCUCUGACCGCCUCAGUGAUUUAGGGCGCAUUCCUCAUCCCAGUAUGAGAGUAGGUGUCCCGCCUCAGAACCCACGGCCCUCCCUGAACUCUGCACCAAGUCCUUUUAAUCCACAAGGACAGAGUCAGAUUACAGACCCCAGGCAGGCACAGUCUUCCCCGCCGUGGUCCUAUGACCAGUCUUAUCCCUCCUACCUGAGCCAGAUGACUUCCCCAUCCAUUCACUCUACCACCCCACUGUCUUCCACACGAGGCACUGGGCUUCCUGCCAUCACCGACGUCCCCAGGCGCAUUUCAGAUGAUGACACUGCCACCUCUGACUUCUGCCUCUGGCCUUCCACUCUCAGUAAGAAGAGCCAGGCAGGUGCUUCAGAACUGGGCCCUUUUUCAGACCCCAGGCAGUUCCCAAGCAUUUCAUCCCUCACUGAGAGCCGCUUCUCCAACCCACGAAUGCACUAUCCAGCCACCUUUACUUACACCCCGCCAGUCACCUCAGGCAUGUCCCUCGGUAUGUCCGCCACCACUCACUACCACACCUACCUGCCACCACCCUACCCCGGCUCCUCCCAAAGCCAGAGUGGACCCUUCCAGACCAGCAGCACUCCAUAUCUCUACUAUGGCACUUCGUCAGGAUCCUAUCAGUUCCCCAUGGUGCCGGGGGGAGACCGCUCUCCUUCCAGAAUGCUUCCGCCAUGCACCACCACCUCGAAUGGCAGCACGCUAUUAAAUCCAAAUUUGCCUAACCAGAAUGAUGGUGUUGACGCUGAUGGAAGCCACAGCAGUUCCCCAACUGUUUUGAAUUCUAGUGGCAGAAUGGAUGAAUCUGUCUGGAGACCAUAUUGAAAUUCCUCAGCAGUGUCCCAGCGGUAUCUGGGAGCCACACCCCAAGUGUAUCAAUAUAUACAUAUAUAUAGAGUGCAUAUAUAUGUAUAUCAAUUAGCUAUCUACAAAGUGCCUAUUUUUUAGAAGUUUUUUCCUUCACUCACUCAGUCAUGAUCUUGCAACCAUAAGAGGGUAGAUAUUGAGAAGCAAAAGGCCCGAGAGAGACAAUCAUAAUCAGGCUUCAGAUUGUUUUCUAUUUAAAAUGUAUUUUUACAAAACCAAGGAAAAGAUAUUCUGUUGCUGUUGUUGUUUGAUCUCUUAUAAAUAAUCUGUUCACAUGCCAAUUCAGAGAGGUGGACUCCAGGUUCAGGAGGAAGAAGAGCAAAGCCGCUUCCUCCCUGUGCUUUGAAACCACACACCCUCAUGGUUGCAACUGUGUACGGACCAGUGCGCUCUGCAGACCAGCUUACAAAGCCAGUCGCGGUGCGUAAAGGGGGAAGAGGUAGAAUGGACACCUCCCUUACAGGACGAUCCAUUCAGAAUAACUGUUCCAAACUUUGCUUUCAGACUUGCCGCAGGUACUCAUUUCAACUGUUUGGUUCAGUGUUUUUUUCUUUUUCUUUUUCUUUUUCUUCUCCCUGACUCGAAGAAAGUGACUUCAAAAAUACUGAUCAGGAUAGAUUAUUUUAUUUUACUUUUUAAUCCUUUUUUUUCCCUUUUCCCAUUCAACCAAAAAGAAAUCCCAUCCCUAAAAUUUCUUCUUUCCUUUUAUGCAAAACUGAAAAUGGCAAUAUCUUAUUAUGGCCAUAAUGGUAUAGAUAGUGUUUGCGUUUGGCUGUUUGUUAUUUGUUUUCUUUUUUUUUUUAAAUUAUGAAUAUGUGUAAAAUCUGAGGUAACUUGCUAACGUGAAUGGUCAUAUAACUUUAAAGAUAUAUUUAUAAUUAUUUAAUGACAUUUGGACCCUUGAAACAUUUUUUAGUGUAUUGAUAUGUUGACUUCGGUCUCUAAAAGUGCUUUCUAUGUAACAAAUUUCUUCAGUGGGCUAGAGCCAUAUCUGAAACAUUGCUAAGCAAUUUCAGUUCCUCCAGGCACAAUGUGAUUUUUAAAAAAUACUUCCAUCUCCAAAUAUUUUAAAUGUGGGUGGUUUUUGUUUUUUUGAUGUAUGAAGGAAAUGUUAUGUUUAGUUCUUUCAGAUCUUUGAUUGCCUCCGACAUGGCUUUGCCUUUUAAAGCAAUAAUUAGGGAUUUAAAAAAAACUCCUAGCUCUUUAUCACUUAUGUUUCCCUUUCUCAGCACAAAAUGCUGGAAUGAUGCAGUUUCCUAAUUUCUUUCAAAUAGUUAUGACUCUUGUCAUAUCAAAAAAGCAAGCACAAGUUAAUCAUUGAACUGCAGAAAAAUGUUUUGUGGUUUCAGAGUUAAGCAAAACUUUAAAUCGCCAGGCUUCAUAGUGAAGAUACAGUCAGCUUAGCCACACAUGUGGUUAAAGAAUCAGUCAUGAUAUGCAUAGGAUACGAGAACAAAAUUGCACCAAGGAUUCUUAACCAACCAGCCUUACCAAACAGUAAAUCAGGGGAACCCAAAUCUCCUUUACCCAAGGCCCCGUUGGCAGCUUGCCACAGAAUUUGCAUUUAAAGGAGCAGAAUAAGUCAUUGUCCUAUGGGAGCAGGCAGGUUCCAGCAGGUAGCUGAUCUGAGAGAACAUACAGCCUAUGAGGACCUACAUACAGCCUUUCUUGUUUCUCAGAAUGGAGGGUAAAAGGAGGACAAGGAUAUGUGGAGUUUGGUGCUUAGUGCUGUGUAUGGAUUUGAUCUAAAGCUGUCCUGUAGAAUGCACUUUGACCCCUCCUAGUAGCAACAUGGCAAAUCCCCAAGUAGGAGUCCUUAAUCCAAGCCAGGAUCAUUUAAUGGCAACCACCAUUAAAGGCCAAUCCCUGCCUCUGCCCCGACAGAUCAGGGCUCCUUCUGCAGAGAUUUGCCCCAGUCCCCACCCCAUGCCUUCUGGUCAUUCUCAAGCCUACUUUGUGGCCUGCCAAGCAUUGCAGGAGACCUUGUGGGGCCUGUGCUUUUUGCCUUGGAGUCUCCCUUGGAAUUCAUCCUGACUCCUUCUAAAGAGAAUUAACGAGAAAAUAAAACAUAAAAAACUUUGCCUUCUAAAGGUUGUAUACCAAGUAUGCUUAGAUAAAUAAGCCACUUUUCUGUUACUUAGGUAAGAUGGAGUAGUAAUUGAUACUAUUUAUUGUUUGUGUGUGGUAGCUUGAAGCAUACCACUGUCCAUUUUUUUUGUUAAGUGUAAAAUAUGUGUGUUUGUUUCGGCAGCACUUAAAAAAGCCAGUGUCUGGUUAAACAUUUCAGUUUUAAUUAAUUGACAUAAAAAUGUUACCACCAGUACCAGCUGCACCCUAUUUAAUAAAAAAAGGUACUAUAUUUGUACAUUAUUUUUUUAAUGUUAAAUGGGCUUCUUUAAGUUUACAGUACACAUACUAAGUGAUUUUAGGGAUGUUUUUGUGUUGAAAUGUUAUUAUAGUGGCUGCAGGCAGCAACCCAGAAACACUUUAAAAGUUUUUUUCCUUUGGAAAAAUUCAAGCACUUCUUCCCUCUAUUCCCCACCCCAACCACCCCGGUGUAAUUCACAUUUAUUAGAUUAAAUUCUACCCUUUCUUUUGGCCUGGGGAUCAAUUUCUUCUUCCUUCCUUCUUCCAUCCUUCCCCCUUCCCUUCCCUCCCUUUCUCUUUCCCUUUCCCUUUCUGUUUCCCUUUUUCCCUCGCUUUCCCUUUCCCUUCCCUUCAUUUAAUUAAACCCUUAAUUUGCACUGGGUCAUGUGUAUGAUUUGUGAUUUUAAGACCAAAGCAAAGCCUUAUUCCUACAGUGGAACCAUGUACUCCUCAGCACCCUAUUUCCUUGGGGUUAAAGUAGCAUGGUUCUUUAGGUAGCACAACCAUUGCUCGAGUUGACGAAGUGACCAGUGAAGCCACAUUUUUUACCCAUUUCAGUUGUCUCACGAAUUUUAACCCAUGUCAGAGUUCCAGAACACAUAUCACAGCUUUGAUUUUAAAUUAGUGGAAUGACAUCCAGCCUGGAACUGAGAGGCUAAACAGAUUAACUAUUGUUUGCUCUUUAGACUGUCUCACCCACAAGGCCCUUAAAAAUUGAGCAGAGAAUCCACACCAUUAGGAACCAUCAGUAGAUUCAGAGGGGAGGAGAUGUGUGUGCUGGCUUAAAGAGUUCCCUUCAUUCUGAGGAAAGGAACUGACCCAGAAUCUAGGAUAAUAAUACAGGGAAACACAAAGCAUUAGCCAAGACAAUGAGUAUACCCACAAUAUUGAAAAUAAAAAUAGCAAAAUACAAGGCAACUCUUCCACACCUUGAAUUUGUUGUUCUUAAAAUGAUAAUGCAUUUAAAAAUAUUUUCUGUGUGAGAAAUUUUUAGAUGUUUGUUUACUUCAUGUUUACAAAUAACUGUUUGCUUUUUAAUGCCAUACUUUAAAAUAUAUCAGCCAAAACCAAACUUACAGUAAUUUCUUAGGUAUUCUGAAUAAAAUUCAAUUUUUUUGGAUAUGCUUUACCAUUCUUACAUUUCUGUGGAACAAAAAUAUUUGUAGCAUUUUGUGUAAAUACAAGCUUUUUAUUUUUAUUUUUCCAAUUGCUGUUGCCCGAGAUUUGCUUUCCAUGCACAUAUUGUACAAAUUCAGCUUUGUGCCCAGAUCAUGAUUGUGGAUGAGUUUACUCUUAAUUUCAGAGGGACUAUUUGUAUUGUAUGUUGCAACUGUAAAUUGAAUUAUUUGGCAUUUUUCUCAUGAUUGUAAUAUUAAUUUGAAGUUUGAAUUUAAUUUUCAAUAAAAUGGCUUUUUUGGUUUUGU